AUGGCUCAAGCAACAGCUACAGAUCUUUCGGCGCCCUCUCAAUCCGCCCCAGAAACGGCCAACACGUCAGCGAGCACGCAGUUUCCUGCCAUCAAAAUCGGGACGCGCCGUUCAGCCCUCGCACAGGUGCAGGCGCGAUCGAUAGAGGCACAGCUGAAGAAGGUGCAUCCGGACAGGACGUAUGAAAUAUGCCCAGUGCUGGCGCAGGGUGACAAAGACAAGGUCACGCCGCUACAAAUCCUGAGCCAAGGGGAAAAUGCGAAGAGCUUAUGGACCGGUGAGCUGGAAGCUAUGCUGGCUGCGGGCGACUUGGAUAUGAUCCAGCAUUGCCUGAAAGAUAUGCCCACCCAACUCCCCGACGACCUCAAACUCGGCGUCAUCCUCGAGCGCGAAGACCCCCGUGACGUCCUGAUCGUCUCUCCACGCCUCCCCAAAGACACAAUAUUAGCUUCGCUCCCAGCGGGCUCUACGAUAGGAACAUCCUCCGUUCGCCGGUCCGCUCAAUUGCGCCGCCUAUACCCAGGGCUCAAGUUCGCCGACCUCAGAGGCAAUGUUGGGACGCGGUUGGCUAAGCUUGACGCUGAAGACUCGCCAUACGCCGCGAUUAUCCUCGCUGCAGCGGGAAUUAAGCGCAUGGGAUGGGAAAACAGGAUAACGCAGUACCUCACCAGUGGCAAUGGCGGCAUGCUGCACGCGGUAGGACAGGGAGCGCUGGCGCUCGAGAUCCGCAAAGAUGAUGAGAAGAUGCAGGAGCUUGUCUUGAAGAUCAAGUGUGAGAAGACGACGCGCGCAUGCUCGGCUGAACGUGCGCUUCUACGCGCGCUUGAAGGGGGUUGCAGUGUGCCGAUUGGUGUCGAGACAUCGUGGCGGGGCGGAAAAGGGUUAGCCAUUGGCAUUCAGCCUCCGAAAGAUUUCGACAAGCAUGGACAGCCGCUUGAAGAGCCCGAGCCCGAUCUAGACGACCAAGAGCUCGUGCUCAAGACACUUGUGGUGAGUGUAGACGGGAAGGAGCACGUAGAGUACGAGACGGCGCGAAAAGUUAGGUCAACAGAAGAGGCAGAGGUUCUGGGCAGAGACGUUGCGAGAAUCCUGCUCGACAAGGGCGCCGACAAGAUUUUGUCGGGUAUCAACAAGGAAAAGCUGUGGGCAGCGAAAAAGCAGCAAGAAGAGCGCGCGGCUACUGCUGCAUGA